GUUGAGGACUAUCUUACGAAGACCACUGCUGUCUUUCCACCGCGGGAGUAUUUAUGUCUUUCGUCUCGAAUAGAUCCUCAGUUGAGUUUCAAAGGUCAGCCAGUCAGUCCUAGAUUCAAUGCAGCCAAUCUCACAGGUUCAGAGAGAAAGCGACUGCUACGAGCCUUUCUACGGUACUACCUCACUUCUCUGAUGAAUUGCGAUAUCCAACAACUGUGCAAACAGGCCCUGCAUCGAUACAGUGGUCGAAAUUUCCAACAAUGGGACCUACCGGCAGUUCUGUGUGUUUGCACAUACCUGGAUACUCUUUACGUGGCCAUGUUUGCCCAGUGCGGCGAUUCCUGGCUGCCAGAAGUUACUCUAGGCUCUCCUUCAUCUCAGUCCCCCGGUUUGCUCUACCCAGAUAGCCUAUGCGUUGACUGUGGGGCCUAUACCUACGAUUUUGGCUGCUCACCUAGUCUUAUAUCAGGUUUAGAGCCAUAUGGCUUCGAUCUCGUCACAAUCCUUCUUCGGACCGCUAGAGCCGGACAACUUGGUCGGGACCGCCUCAAGCAGUGGUUUGACGACAUUCGUCCAGGCCAUGGCUCCAGACGGGGUGGCGUGCUCUAUCAAAGUCUAGACCUUGGUUCAUUUGGUGCAGUGAAAGAGGGUUUUCAAGAUGGCCCGGGUAUGUACCAGAUACUUCAUUCGCGCAUUACUCUAAAACUCCUUACAACCUACGAACAAAGGGCAUGGGUAUUCUUUGAUGACGCUAGAUUCUACCCCUCGGCUUCGCUUAUUGGAAAACCACAUUUACCGACUGAGAUUGAGGCUAAGGAUGAGCGCUUCGAAACUAUACAAAAGCACGAGGCUUACCGGUACCAUGCAUGGGGCGCCAGAGUGCGGCAUCGAUCACAAAAGUGGCACAACAAAAAGUCCCGAGGAAAAACAAGGAUUGAAGAUUAUCAAGAUUCGAAACUGGAAAAAGAUUGCCAAGUUCCACUGCCUGACAUAGUAUAUGCAACGCAAUUCACAACCCUACGUCCGUUCUGGGAAUGGGAUUGA